CUUCAGUUCCGCCCAGAAGGGAAAUGACGCCGGUGCAGAAGAUGGAGUCCGUAAAUCCUGUGGGCUGCUGUGGUUCUGGAGCCAUCUAAUUCAGAGCCGUGUCGGGGGUCCUUUCGUCCGGCAGAUGGAUUACCGUCGGGAUCCGGCAGUCCACCGCUGCCCGCCUCUCUCCUGAUCCCGGAGCUGAACCCCCAACUUCAUGUCCGACGGAGCCAGAGCUGCCUGGUCGAAGAGGGGUUGUGGGGAUUCGCACCGCCGAGAACCGGGGAAACAUAAACACAGGAAAUGCGAGCGGUCUCUUAGCGCUCAGCCGUCACAGCCUGCGAUCGUUCGGCCGGGCUCCAAAAGGUGUGUUAUGUCGGGGGGAGAUGUGGAGGUGUACCUGUCCCAGGUGCAUGAUGGGAGCGUGUCGUCGGGUUUCCGUGCUCUGUACGAGGAGCGUCUGCUGCUGGACGUCACGCUGCUGAUAGAGGAGCACCACUUCCAGGCCCACAAGGCGCUGCUGGCCACGCAGAGCGACUACUUCCGGGUCAUGUUCACGGCCGACAUGCGGGAGCGCGACCAGGAUAAGAUCCACAUGAAGGGGCUGACGGCCGCCGGCUUCGGCCACAUCCUGCGCUUCAUGUACUACGGCUCCCUGGAGCUCAGCAUGCCCACCGUGCAGGAGAUCCUGCAGGCGGCCAUGUACGUCCAGCUGACGGAGGCGGUGGAGUUCUGCUGCUCCUUCCUGCUGGCCAAGAUCUGCCUGGAGAACUGCGCCGAGGUCAUGCGCCUCCUGGAGGACUUCAGCGUCGGCGUGGAGGGCGUCCAGGAGCAGCUCGACAACUUCCUGCUCGACAACUUCGUCCCUCUGAUGAGCCGAGCCGACUUCCUGUCCUACCUCAGUCUGGAGCGACUCCAGGCCUACCUGAACAGCGACGCUCUGAGCCGAUACCCGGAGAUCGAGCUGUACGAAGCCGUCCAGGCGUGGCUGAGACACGACCGGCGGCGCUGGAGGCACACCGACACCAUCGUGCAGUCCAUCCGCUUCUGCCUCAUGACGCCGGCGGACAUCUUUGAGAAGGUGAAAACGUCGGAGUUCUACCGCUACUCCAGGCAGCUGAGGCAGGAAGUGGACCAGGCGCUGGGAUAUUUCCACGACGUCAACCAGCAGCCGCUGCUGGAGACGCGCUCCAACCGCAUCCGCUCCGUCCGGCCGCAGACCGCCGUGUUCAGGGGGAUGAUCGGCCACAGCAUGGUGAACAGCAAGAUCCUGCUGCUGCAGCGGCCAAAGGUGUGGUGGGAGCUGGAGGGCCCUCAGGUGCCGCUGCGACCCGACUGCCUGGCCAUCGUCAACAACUUCGCCUUCCUGCUGGGCGGAGAGGAGCUGGGGCCCGACGGAGAGUUUCACGCCUCCUCCAAGGUCUACCGCUACGACCCGCGGCAGAACUCGUGGCUGCGCAUGGCGGACAUGUCUGUUCCCAGGUCGGAGUUCGCGGUCGGAGUCAUCGGGAAGUUCAUCUACGCCGUGGCGGGCCGAACCCGAGACGAGACCUUCUACUCCACGGAGCGCUAUGACAUCACGGAGGACCGCUGGGAGUUUGUGGAUCCGUAUCCCGUCAACAAGUACGGCCACGAGGGAACCGUCCUGAACGGGAAGCUGUACAUCACCGGCGGCAUCACGUCCUCCUCCACCUCCAAGCAGGUGUGCGUGUUCGACCCGGGCCGGGAGGCCGGCGGCGGCGGCGGGUCGGGCGGGUCGGACUCCCACAGGACGCGCUCGGCCCGCGGGCCGCUGCUGCCCGGGACCCACGCCAGCUGCUGGGAGAACAAAUCCAAAAUGAACUACGCUCGCUGCUUCCACAAGAUGAUCUCCCACAACGGGAAGCUGUACGUGUUCGGCGGCGUGUGCGUGAUCCUGCGGGCCUCGUUCGAGUCGCAGGGCUGCCCGUCCACCGAGGUGUACGACCCGGAGACGGACGAGUGGACCAUCCUGGCCUCCAUGCCCAUCGGCCGCAGCGGCCACGGCGUGGCGGUGCUGGACCGGCAGAUCAUGGUGCUGGGCGGCCUGUGCUACAACGGCCACUACAGUGACUCCAUCCUCACCUUUGACCCCGACGAGAACAAGUGGAAGGAGGACGAGUAUCCCAGGAUGCCUUGCAAACUGGACGGCCUGCAGGUGUGCAGCCUGCACUUCCCAGAGUACGUGCUGGAGCACGUCCGGCGCUGCAGCUGAGGUCCGCUGCACGUUUUGUACCGACGGACUGUCCGCCUGGCGCCGGAACCAGGCGGUCCGGGAGGGACGACCCGGCGACCGGCGCCGACCCACAGGUGAGGCGCCGGGCGGCUCGGCGUUUUCAGUUCUCAGAAAAUUAAAGGAGAAAAUGAUGUCAGAAAACAAAAAGGUUUCAUUCAUUUACGCCUGGAGGGAAGAACCCAGCAGAACCCGGUUCUGGUUCUGGUUCCUCCUGAACACCGUCGAUCCAUAGCUUAGCUGAAAUGCUUUAAACCCCAACAACACGGAUCAGAAAUCCUCCGUAGCGUAGCUGAACUUGGUGGUUCUGGACUCGCCUGGUUCCGGUCCAGUAAACGUCUCUCUGCUCCCGCCACACCGAGGGGAACCGCGGCGUUGGAUCCGUUUCCUGCUGCCCGUUUGGUUUCGUUUACAUUCCUGCACUUUAUCGGUUCUCUGAGUGUAAAUAGAAACGGACCCGGUUCGACCCGAGAUCUGGGCUUUUUGGGCCAUUUCAGCAAAUCUGGACCUCAUUCAAGAACAUUUGGCCUUUAUGGGAAUAAAGGUGAUAUAAUCACUGCUGACACUUAAAUACUGAUGAUGUGUUGAAAUGAAAGAGUUUGGAAAUAAAUUAAAAAUAUCAUUAAAACUACGAGAGUUAAAACUAAAUGUUUAAUGUAAACCAGGAAAACUUUUAUGAGAUAAAAUGAGAUAAAACUAAUUUAUCCUUAUAAUACAUAAAUAUUAUAAGGAUAAACUUUCUCAUUUUAACAAGAAAAAUAAAAGUAUUAAAAUUAGAAAAGCUGUCAUAACUUUACAAAACUAGAACAUUUCCAGUUAAACUCGUUUAAUCGAUAAAGUUUUAUUUGUUUCCUUUUCUAACAGGAAAAGUUUUAAAAAUCCUGUUAAAACCAGAUAUUUGUCCUGAAUUUACUUGCGUGUUAAAACGUUUCCAUAGCAACAAAACUUGUACGUUAAUAAAAGUUUUAUAAUCUGCUCUCCGCCAAAAACAUCAGCUGGUCUGUUUUUGCUUUAUUAAAAUAUGCAAAACUAAAUACUGAAAACCAAAAUAUUUGAAUAUACUUAACAUAUUCAAACUGACACCAGUAUUUAUAUUGUAUUGUAAGUUAUGACGUUUCCAUAGUAACAAAAUCGGUGGUUACGCUAGUUGCGGCUAACCUGAUAGCUUGAUUUAGUUUAACUAGAAUUUUACUUGACUUCUUAUGUAAAUAAAUAAACUGAAAAAAAAAUAACUUCAGGUAAGUUUAACCUCCAUAUCUUCAGUUAUUUGAAACAAACAGAGGGAUCCAAUGUGCUAACGUUAGCUUUAGCUCAUAAUGUCGCUACAGCUAUCUUAGCAGCUAGCUUUAAAUUGUCUCGGUUAGUUUUUAGUUUAAUAACCACUUAAAAAUAUAUACAAUAAAUUUUAAAAUUUAAUGCGAUUGAAUCUCAAAAUUUAGCUUUAGAUUUUUAAAAUGUGUUUCCACCAUAAACUGCUUUAACUGCUUUGUUGUAUAACUGUGGAAGAACAUUGUAUAAAUUUAUAAAUGACCAAACAUCAGCAGAUAAACCUACCUUUAGCUAAUGCUAACUUCAGCUAACCUAGGUGUAGUUAGCCACAGCUAACAGUUAGCAUUCACUUCAAUUGGUAUACAAACACUAACUUAUUUAUUAGUAUACUCAUGCAGGGUAACUUAAAAAUAAAUAUAUUUACACCAAAUAGACACAGCUAGUUCAGGUUAGCAACAGUUACUUCAUUUGGCCAACACAGUUUAUUUCGCCAUAAUCUUUCCUCAAAUUUAAAAGUUGUGUGUUUAUUAUUUACAAUAACAUUUGGUAAAAUAGUUAAAUCAGAGCAUUUUGUCACGGGAAAAGUGAUUCAAAUGAAAUAAAUCUUUGCUAGAACAGAAAUAUUUGUACUUUGUCAUUAAUAACUAUUCUACUUAUUUAAUUAUGUGAAAUGGCAAAACAAUACAUCUUUUUACCUAAUUGAAUCUCAUUUACAGUUAAGGAUAAUGUUAGCAUGUGAUGCUAACAUUAACGUUAGCUUAAUCUGCUAUGUUAGCUGCUGGCUUUCACUUGAUUCAGCCUGAAAACUUAAUUUAUCCAAUUUUGUUUUUUUUCCUAAAACAUGUUGAUAAAUUACAAGUUAAAAAAUAUAAAAUGUUUAAUAGUUUAAUCGUGUAAACAUUAAAAAAUAUCAAACUGUUGUUGAUCUGAUCCUCUAGGUGUAGAAUUAUUUAUUAUAAUGAAAUUUAAACUGUUACUUACAGGAAAUCAACUACAAUUACGGUUAGCUCACUUAGCUUUAGCAUUGGCUAGCUAAAACUAGCUAGCUUCACAUUAGCUGUGAUCUCAAUUUAUCUUCCUCCAUCCUCGUUUUCUUCUUAGCAUUUUGGACACAGCUGCUCACUCGUUUGGUCAGACAUGUUGGUUUUUGUGCCAAAAUAGACGAAGAAGAAGAAAAACAGUUUCUAGUUGGAGGAUCUUUAAGUUUCUUUGCCAGAUUUUUCAUCUGUUUUUCUAAGAUGUUCUUGUUUGAGGUCCUUUGGUAAUUUACCUCGGCUAAAUGAUUACCAGCCUUCGUUUCAACAAAAACCGACUGUUUUCAUUUCAGAUUAUUUAAUCUGUCAGAUUUAAUCCCGCCGCUCGCUGUCUUAGAUUAAAGCUGUACAUUUCACCCUCCAGGCCACGUAGCUGAGCUGACGACCAGCCUGUUUUUAUUUUGUUUUAUUUUGAGCUAACUGUGAAAAGGGCUAGAGCAAAUAAUGACGCCGUCACGUCUUUCUGCUGCGUAUUUAUUUAAUUUAUGAGGUAGUGCUUUUCACUGAGCUAUGCAGUAUUAGGAAUGUUUUUAAAUUUCACUCGCAGCCCGGUCGUUUUUCAUCUCCAUCCUGCAGCAGCAUGUGAAUUUCUCCGUUUUAUUUAUUUCUCUGUUAUUGAUGAAUCGGUAAAGUCGGAACAGAUUCACUUCCUGAAUCUGUUCUGACGUGAAUUAUAAAUACAAACGGUCAUCCUGGAGCGUUCAUCCCUUUACGUUUCCUCCGGGUCGCCGUUAAUCGCCGCUCCGCUCCAACGUCGCUGUUUGAAGAAGAAACUUGUAACCAGUGCAGUUCAGCCGCCCCCCCUGAGGAACUCCGCCAUUCAGUCCGCCAUCUUCCCGCCCGUCCGUAGGAAAAGCGAUCAGAGGACGCUGAAGAUGAACUGUACGGGGAAAAGAGAUAAAAAUCUGAAUUACAUAUCUUACUCUGAGUAGAAACUCUUUGGAAACAAUUUGUAACCUUUCCAGAAAUAAAUGUUCAUACUGGUCAACCUCCA